GGGAAGCAGAGGACGAGCUGUCUUCUUGAAUACGGCUUCCCUUUAAACUACGUCCCUAAACAGCUGGUCUCAGUAGGUGGAUGUAGCCCUGCCCUGAAGAGUGUGUAUCUGUUAGAGCUGCACCCAUCUCUAUGCCUGGCCUCUGAUGUGUACAGGACCCUGGAACAGGCCCAUGCUGAGCUAUGUGAGCUGCAUGGGAUCAGGAGUGCCUCACAGAGAGCCAGGCUGGAACACAGGAUCCUGAAGCAAGCUCUGUUUCACUGGCACACCAUGGCCACUCCUGGAGCCUCUUACAGCCAGCAGCUCCAAAGAGAUCUGUUUUCAGAGGAAUUUAUUGAGGAUCCAGUCAUGGUCAGAGAGGUCGGCUACUCUGUUCUGAGGUCAGUCGAGGAGCGUGAGAGGAAGCAGGGCAGAGAGAGACAGAUAUUCGCAGUGGAGACGUUCUCCAAACUUCUGGAGCUGGUCACCCUUCGCCAUCGCAUUGUUGAGUCAGCCUCAGAGACUGAGCACCUGUCACAAUUAUACAAAUCACUAACUCAGGAGAUGGGUUUUGAUGAAUUCCAUCUAUAUGUGCGGCCAGUGCAGUUUGAAUUUGCAGCAAAAAAAGAGAUCCCAAAACAGCCCCCGCUGUUCAUCACGACGCUCCUCCAGGACAGCAGUUGUGUUGACAGAUAUUGCCCAUCCAGCCUUCCUCUAGGCAUCCAGGAGCUUGAUGAGAACCAGAUAGGAAAAUUCAGCUUCCGGUCUGAAGAAGCUGUGCUUAAUCUCAUGAACCAGUCUAAUUUAGAGAAUCUGCAAGUGGUCUUGGCCUGCCAGGUUACGCAAAAGAAUGCUCUUCUUGGAGCGCUGAAGCAGGCCUCAGUUUGCUACUGGGCUGAGGACUCCGUCAAAUCCCCACAAGACCAAGAAUGUGUAACUCAAAGGGCAGCAAAAGGCACCUCACACACUCGAGGCAGGCUUGCAGAUGCCUUUGUGUCCAUUCAGCUAGAGAAGGUCAGUCCUCGGGAUGAAAUGCUGAAUGCUUUUAUAAAGAAGAAGGAGCUGAUGAGCACUCUGAUAUCAAAUCCAGAUGAGGUAGCCAAAAUCAAGAGAAAACUGAUUUUGGAUUUCUGCCACAAAUUCAGCCUGGUGAUGUCUCAGUGUUGUUUGAGAGGUCAGAUCAUUGCCUUUUGCUACAGUCUAACCUCACUGCUGGAUAAGCUUCCUGAUAUUGGCCAGACUCACUUUGUUGUUGGACAAGCCAAUGAGAGCCGGAGAGAUGUAGACUGUGAGAAGGGUUUUCAGCCUGAUCCUAGGACGUUUCAGCCUCGUCCCAGGCAACUGUUAUCAGCUGAUGGAAAGAGUCUACUGAACCUCUGGUUCAUUCCUCACUACUCUGAGGUGCUCAUCAUGUUCAAGACACUGGAAGUGAAGGCAUGUUGCCAGGCUCUUCAGCACACCCUGACAAUUGUAUCAGCUCUUCAUGACAUAGUGUUUUAUCUGGUGAGCCUUGCUUCCCUGGGGAAUCCAAAAAGUUCACUCAGCUGCAGUGGUGAACUUAAGCUCACUGCAGACUGGGGAGGAUCAGAAAGUAUCAGAGCUGAACUCUGGGACAUUCAGCAGCAGAUGGACUCUCUUACUGAUCCUGAUAGCCCAGAGGUUGUAGGGCAACUGCUCCAGUUGCGCAGGGAGGUGCUUUUCCUGCGGUUUGAUAUGGCAGUGCGCUGCAUGAUUCGAGAGGCUUUCUUGUCCUCUGGAAACAUCGAUGCCUAUCAGAGUGUGAGUGACAACAUGAGUCAUGCUCUUUCCAUCUUAAGUGACAGCCUAAAACGAGAUGUCUCUCAGCUUCCUCUGCCUCAGCCUCUGCAGCCAUUCUGCACAGAGAGUCAAAGGAUUUAUCCAUGGAGAUCAUUUCUUGCUUGUCAUGGGUUGCACCCCUUGGUCGUGUGGGAUGUUCUACCUGUAGAGUUCUGCAUGCAGCUCUGCCUGUCUGCUCUGAAUGACCGCAGCAGGAUGGAGGCUAAUGGAGCGAUGCUGGGUGUUUCUCUUCUCCUUGAUGACAUGCUGAGGAGUGAAAGAGAUGCAGCUCCUCUGCAGCUUCAAGGCCAAACAGACACUGACAUCAUCGUGGAGACUGAUAGAGAGCUCCAGGACUCCACAGAUGACAUAGAAAAUGUGAGCAAAAACCAAGAAGAGAUUAAGCCUAAAGCCCUCAAUCCCAUUCAGUGCCUCACCCAGCAGAAAGGCUUCUUACUGCUCUGGAAGCAACUGGAAGUCUUCAAAGAGAGCUGGACACGACAGCAGCUGGGAGUGGAGCAAAUGAAUUCUGCUUCAUCCUUCAAAAUGUUUUCUCGUCUCUACAGAAUGGAGAUUUAUUACCCCAGUAUGCGGGCUCUGGCGCAGCAGAUGGAGAAGGAGCAGGAGUAUGAGGCUCUACUGUCACACAACCAGCCUUUCCAAGCCCCUCCAGGAGCUGCUGAGGUUGAUGUCAAGACAUGGCAGCUGCUCAGGCUGUUGGAGAGCACAGAAUGUGACAUGAUCAGAGCAGUUCAGAGGAGGAUUAGCAGGGAGAUGACUCUGGUGAUGUCAGAGCGAGCUCGGCAUGACACGGCCCUCCCCACAGAGCUCUGGAAACAAGCCUCCAUGAAACACUGUCUGUCUCUGGAGAGGCCACAGACAGUGGAGAACUUUGUCCAGCAGUUGAUGGGUGGAGGAAAAGAGACAGAAGGACAGGUGUGUGUCUCCACGGCUCACCUGCAGGAGUGUGUGACUGAGCUGGGUUGUGCUGUGACGGCACGUGAGCGCAGCAACUUCCUGCUUUACUCUCAGUUCUAUGAGCAGCUCCUACAGCAGCAGGGUGAGCUGCUCUAUCAGAGAGAGCAGGAUGUAAAGGAGCUUGAAGCUGCACAUCUACAGGCAAAUGAUCCCAACAGCAAGGUAGCAGAGCUGUGCCGUGGAAUGAUGGCUGAGGUAACAGCACUUCGUGCCCGAGUUACUCAGCUGGAAGAAGAGCAGAAAUGCAUCCGACAGCAGAUCAGCCUGGAACACAGGCAGCGUUAUGACUCACUGCUUCGCCAGCUCUUCUCAACUUGCAUUCAGCUGAAGGCAAGGCUUGACAAAUAUCAUGUCAGAAUGGACCAAGACGUGAAGCAGCUAGUCAGCAGGGUCAGACAUGAAGGAGUGGACAAGAUCAUUAAGCUGAGGAACAAGCUUUCCUCCACUAGAAACAAUGAGGACAUGACCAGCAACCUUUCUGAGAAAGAGAUAUUAGAAGAUCUUUAUUCAGAAAAUAGUCAACUGGCUGGACUUCUCUGUAAAUUAAGAGCCUUUCACCACUGGAGGCAGGUGAUUGGACAGGUCAAGCUACAAAAGGAGUUACUUCAGUGCCAACAGAGUGAGAUAUCUUGUAAAGUGGAGGCUUUGAGAGUGAAGAUGACAUCACAGGAAGGGGAGACGAUACUGAAGCAGGAGCUUGAAGCAGUGAAGGCUGCCAUGCUGCAGUGUAAAACUGAAUAUGAACAUGUUAAGCAACAAAUUGUUAAGCAGACCCAACAGCUACAGGAUGUGGAGCACCGGUCAGUGCAGGAGGCACGGAGCCAGCAAGAGCUGGAGAGCUUUCGCAUGCAGAGUGUGGAGCAACUACAGGAGGACAUGGAAGAGAGGGAGGGUCAGCUCAGAGCCCUCAGCGCCCAGCUGGAAAAGACCAGCAGAGAGAGUGAGCUCCAGCAACAGCGCACUCACAACCAGAUUAAAAAGGUGCGGAACCAGCUCAGUCAUGAACGCUGUCUAAAACUGGAGGCCUUUCAGAGAGUGGACAAACUACAGCACCAGAUCCACAGCAUUGAGACAGCACUAUCUAAACAUCUUUCUCCUUUAGGAUGUAAGACUGCUUCUUCCAGCAGAGCCAGUGACAGAAAAAAAUCCUCAGCUGUAAGUGGCUUUAUAGACAGCACAUCUGAAGAUUCUGAUAUUGAGGCUGCACCUAGACUGACAGCAGCUAGAAGAGGCUCUGGGACACUACUUGAGAGACCAAAAACAGCCCAGUGGCGCCUGCGUACGGAGAUUACAGACAUCUUGUUACCCAACCUCCCUGACAGAACCUUCACACCUCUUCAUCAGAAGUCACGCCAAAAUCUUAGACUGUGUCACAAAUAAUUUCAUGCUUUUCUCUGUUGUUCAAUUUCACCAAACCCAGCUGCAUGCACACAUUCUGAUGGCAUUUUCACUAUUUUUGCUCACAUGACUUAUAUAGCUUUAAAUGUUAAGCAGGUUUCAUUGAAUUAAGGAGUUGUGUGUUUGACAAUUUACCUCAUGCAUGUGCUGUUUCAUGCUGGUGUGCCAUCUUGUCACAGGCACCCCUUUAAAUAAACUGAACACUAUAUUUCUAAUAAUUUGUGCUUUGUUAUACAUGAUCUUUUAGAAAUCUGAUGAUCAUCUCAUAUAAUAUGCCAUUAAUAAACUAAUAUUUCCAUUUCAACAUAUUCUCUUUUCCACCUUUAUUGGACCA